AUGACGACGCGGCCAGACGCUCCGACCGGUAUGGGGCGUCCGGAUUCGAAAGUGGCGGGCCCUUCGUCUCCAUCCGCGUUGAAGAGAAAAGCGGAUGAGCUGGAGGAGAGGGCCGCGGGAGCCGAGCCUGGGGAGGAGAAACAUGGGAGCAAGGAAACGAAGAGGGCAGCCAAGAGGAGGAGGAAGGGCAAGAAGAAGAAAGACAAUGGACCUAAAGGGGACAACGAGCACAGGGAUGGAAAAGCGAUCUCUGAGGAAGCCACUGGAGGUGUGGAGGAGACACUGGGGGAGAGAGCUCAAGCUAAUUGUUUGGGAGGUGGAGCCGUUCACGGUAGCAAACCCACCAAUAGUGACACCUCCCCACUGAAGCCAGAGAAGGAGGAGAGGAAGGGGGAGAAGAGGAGGGGGAAGAAGAGGGGGAAGAAGAGGGGGAAGACAUCGAAAAGGGACCAGAUGCGAAAGCGUUCUGACCACGAAACGCCCGACGAUCAACCAAACGGUAAAAAGACCAACACUAAGAAUUCAUCGGACGAAGAAGGCAGCGAGAAGGACGAGAAGAAGUCCAUCGCGUCACCAUCGCCGCAGCCACCAACACACUCGGAAAAGCAUCAUACCACUCCUCCCCCAACCAAACCCGUCACGACUCCAAAGUCCCUCCUAAAGAAGUCCAACAAUAAAACUCCCACCCCGCACACAAAGACGGUCACCUUUGCUGACGACGCCAAGUCCGCAGACAAUGACUCAAUUGCCAACACGCUUCGUUCCCCCGGAGGUAUCGGUGGCAAGAGCAACAUUCCGCGCCUGCCAGGGUCCCCACAACCCCACCCAGCACUGCUAGAGGAGCAAUCCUCCUCCUCGCCCACCACUCAACAAGGCACUCUCCCGCACUCCCCAGACCCAUCCGAGGACCGCAGCCAAGAACAGAAUACAAAGCCGCAAAUUGCCUACCUCCUAAACUACUACCAAGCCCGCUCCUCCUGGAAGUUCUCCAAGACCAAGCAGAAUUGGAUCAUACGCAACAUCUGGAACCUGGAGGAAUUCAGCGCAGAAGUUUCGCAGUCUGCCCUAUGGGCUUACGUGAAUGGGCUGGUGGCGCAGGGGCCGAAGGAUAGGCUGCUAGCCGAAGCCAAGGAGGUUGCGAAGACACGCCGGGAAGAGUUGGGCGCUGUGCAAGCUGAGGAUGACCCCAAGUAUCGUAGGGCGAAGCUGGUGCUUACGGCGUUGGGAGACGAUGACAUCCCCAGCGACGAUGAGGGUGAUGAUGCUGGUGGCAUGGGCAGUGACAGCGAGGAGGAUGUGGAAUAA